AUGGCAGCUGUCGGUCUGAUGGCUCUCGCUAAAUCGACGAGCCACUUUGAACUAGCUGGCUCGGCGCAAAGAAAAUACGUUGAAGCAGUUCACAUGGUCAACUCUGCGUUGGAGUCGCCGACGGAAUCUCUGGAGGACAGUACUCUCAUGGCGGUCAUAUCUCUGGGAGUAUUUGAAGAAAUUUCUGAUUACAAGUCUUGGGUAAUACAUGUCCAAGGCGCGGCCGCUCUGUUAGUUGCACGUGGUAAAGAGCAGUUUUCUAGCCCGAUGGCCCUGAAGCUCUUCAACCAAGUCCGAACAGACUUGAUAACUGCCUGUGUUAAUGAAAACAAUCCAGUUCCUGAAGACGUUUUGGCAUUGCAAGAUGAGGGUAAAGGACACCAAGAUGUCUCGAGCUCGUUCUGGCAAAUUGGCUUGGUCGGUGCUCGAUGUGCCAAACUACUGACCAAUUUCAAAGGCUACAAUAUUGAAAUUGUGUCCGACCUUCUAUACGAAGCAAAUACGUUGGAGCAAGAGUUUGGGAUUUUUGGGCAGCUUUUGAGCCUGGAGGAGCCAUAUUCAACAAUCCAGGACACUGCCGGACGGCCAGAUCUCAUCUGUCAUGGCCGGAUUGGUGUCUACGAAGAUAUGUGGGCAAUACGAAUUUGGAACAACUGGCGAAAUCUGUUAAUGAUCGUAUGCCGAGUAAAGUUGUUUUUGCUAAAUGAGAUACUCAUGAACGCCCUUGCCCCGGACAACGUUGGGCAGACAAAACUGCAAUUGCGAGACACCAUGCAGUUGCUCGCGCAGCUAGGGGAAGGCAUCCUAGCUACACUACCCCAGGCAAUGAAGUUCCAGGUCACAACGUAUGAAGAUCAGACGUGGAAUGACGGCGCCUCUGGUCUCAGCAGCGUGGCCAGUGCCUACUUACUAGCUGGGCGCCUUUCAGUGGUCGGUCAAAGCGAAGCUACAAAUGGCGAGACUCGGCAAUGGAUUAUUCAAAGACUCACAGAUAUUAGCAAGAGCGCACGAAUUCCCACUGCAUUGAAGAUCAUUGAGGCUAUAAAGGGAGUGGACGUUCAAUAA